AUGGCAGCGCCGCGAGUGUGUUUUCACCUCGAGGCCACCUGCGGCCCUCGCGAAGGCUCUGCGUAUCGCUUCUGCGCGCUCUCUCGGUCCGCCCCGUCGACGGCACCUUCGGCCCCAGCGCUCGCCAUCGGCCGCAAGAAGCGCUGCUGGUUGCGUCUGGUUGAGGACUUGGAGGUGUCGAGCGCCCACGCCGACAUUCGGUGCGCAGACGGCGCCGACAGUGGCACGCGAGUCGCUCUGUGCGAUACGAAGAGCACAAAUGGCACCCGAGUGAACGACGCACUGCUGCAGCCUCAGCGGAACUAUCUGCUCGACGACGGCGACGUCAUUGCAGUCGGGCGGACGCGUCUGCGCUUCGUGCAGGUUGGACACACGCGACUGUGUGAGUACGGGGCAGCUGAUGGUACGGCAGCUGAUAGCACUGCUGCGACUUCCAGUGGGCUCUUGUCACCUUCCGUCGCUCCGUCGACACGAUCGCCAGUGGUGUGUGGGCCGGAGGAGGACAAUGUGGAGGCGACAUGUGCGUUGUCGUCGUCCGUGGUACCCUCAGCGGUGGUAGGAUCGCUUGGAACAACGACUGCUAUCGAAGAGAGCGUAGAGCAGCCUGAAACUGAGCCAGCUCAAGGUGAGGUGAUAGGGAUUGUGCCCUCAACGAGUGUGGUGGCAGGUUCCCGUUGGGACGUGGGUAGCCUCAAAGAGAGUAUUGUGAGGUCGUGUGCUGAGAGCGCAGUAGAAAGAGGCGGUGAGGAUCAAAGUGGAGCCGUGGAAGCACUCGGUUUCGAGGAAGCUACGUGCACGACGUGCGGUGCGACGAUAGGGCAGCUGAGUAUGCUUGAGCAACAGGCACACCAUAAUGCGUGUCUCGGUGGACGUGUAGCUACUGCUCCGUCCAAACGUUCUACGACUGCUACAAAGCCAAAGACAAAGACUCGCAAACGAGCAAAUACUGCAAGUAAUGCCGCUCGUGAGGCAAAGUCACCCAAGUCAAAGGCAAGUCAUGAUAGUGAGCAUUCCGCCGCAGGUGCUUCCAAGACCAAAAAGCCGAGAAAACGAAAACGAGCCAAUAUCGAGGAUGACAUAACGGUGGCUCUAGCAGCGGUGGGUGCUUCAAUCAUGGGCAAGGAGCAGGAAGUAGACUUGAAGCUUGCAGCGACGAAGAAAAAGCUGGCACAACUGGACGAUCAAAUGCAGAAGCUGGUUAAGCGACGUAUGAAUCUCGUGAAAAUGAUGGACAGGCUGGAGAGGACGAAGGAGAACCUACGAAAAUCGCAAGUCUUACCCCCAUCAAGGGUGAUGCAGAUUCUGGAUCUGAAGUCUGCUCUCGCUGUCAUAUUCCCGAGCGACCGCCGAGCUCGCACUACUAAUCGGCGUGCAGACAAGGUACAAGCAAGAACCAGUUCCAACGUUGCGAAGCAAUACACGUCGUCUAAGUGGAAACAACAUGAUGGAACAAGCAACUGUAGUGAAUACCUAAGAGCUGAGCAAGCCGCAGUGGAUGCUAUUCCUAUGUGGGCACGUGCUUCGCAGCAGCUUUUUGGGCUACAACAUGAUUCGCUACUAUACCAAAGUAGUGUACUGCAAAGUGAUCAUGACGACGCGGCCAGUAGGAGCGUAUAUAUUGAAGCUGCCGAUAUUGUCGAUUGUGUCGGCAGCGAAGAUGCGGUUAUUGUUGUCGAUGAUGAAUGCGAGAACAACGAUGCAAAAUCGGAGUCUGUGGCGAUGCCUUCUGACAACAUCUUGAAUCCGACACAAGACGAUUCUGAGGUCCCAAAUGCUGUCAAGCGUGUGUUUGCGGAUUGGCAUCGUGAUGUAGCAUUCCUCCGUGACCAAUCUGCGGAUGAUAUCGAACUUGCUCUGAAGACUUUGAACGAAACGCGCGCGGGAACUGACGUCACGUCGCCCAGCUGUAACGUACUAAGUGAUGAACCGGGUUGCUUUGAAGAGAGGAGCGACGACAACAAGCGCAGAAUCAGCGGACCGGAUUUGACUAUUGCCCAAGAAACAGACCAGCAAACCGCAUACGACUACAUGACAAAAGUGAUGAUGCAGCUGAUAAUCGAGAAACGUCAAUCCGUUGUCGGCCCAGCGAAGGAUGUGAAAGAGCAGUCUGAAAGAACGAGCGUGGUUGAAUGUAUGGAAGAGAGUCAGGAGGAGCUGGAGUAA